CCGCCUUCUCAGGUGCUAGUUGGCACUUGGCCGUGGCACUGUCAACAAGUGGGUCUCCUCGGCGCCUCAGGAUUUACCGCGGUCAGUGAGGCUUGAGUGGCGAUGAGCGGCGGUGGUGUGCGGGGCGUCCUGCUGCAACGCGCCGCCGCCCUCGAGGAAUGACACCGCGGCCCUUACUUCAGGUUGCGUCUCCGAAGGACAGCCAUGGGUGUGUGGGCUGCGUGUCUCGUCGGUGCCCUCGCCCUCCUCUGUGUCCCCGGCCCUGCCCACGCCCAGGUCGGGCUGCGAGCGGCGCCCCUCAUCAACAACCCCAGAAUGCACGGCGCCAGUGUGCGGGAGUCGGUGGGGCGCGGCGUGUUCUCCCGCUGGCCCCAGGAGGAAACCCGCCCCCACAGGAGCCACCGGAACCACAGCAGCAACAUUGAGCAUUCCCUGGCGGCCAUUUUCCGGGGUGUGGCAUACGGCAUCUCCACCACCCCCACCACCACCACCACCACAACCACCACCACCCCGACCCCCACCACCACCAUCCCCCACCCACCCACCUCCCCGGCCAGCGGCAAAGGUCACGCCGGGUCACCGCGGCCCCGGCCCUCCACGUGGCCUGAACUCGAUGACCUCCUGCUGACCCUCGACAACCGCCCACAUGACGUUUACCCGGACCUGUACGAGGACCUGGUCGGGGACGUGGUGGUGGAGGGCGCCGAGGCGGAGGAGUCGUGGGCCGGGUCGCUGGGCGUGGCGUGGGCGGUGCACGUGUACUGCUCGGCCAGCAUGUUCACAGUGGUGGGGCUGCUGGCGGUGCUGCUGCUGACGGGGGUGCGGGGCGCCGGCCGCUUCCUGCCCCUCGGCCACCACCUCGCCCUCCACCUACUGAUGCUCGCUGCCGCUGUCUCCCGCUGCCUCCACCUCUUUCACGACCCUUACGGCACGGAGGACAAGCUGCCCGACGCCGUGGCGGGGGUGGUGGAGGACGUGGGCUGGCCCUGCCUCACCGCCGCCAUCGCCGUGGUCGUGAUGGCCCUUGUGCAGGCUUGGCGGUGCCCCCCACACCCGCCCCCCAACCACGCCCCCAUCACUCUUACUAUCAUCACAGUCUUCCACUUCCUGGUGGCCGCGUCAACUCACGUGCUGGCCAGUCAGUUUCCGAAGCAUGCGGGGCCGCUGAGGGCAGCCUCCCGCACAGCGACAGCGGCGUGGGGCGGCGUAGUGGGUCUUGGGAGCUGCGUGGGCACCUGUCGCGUGAUGCAGGCACUACAGAACGCCCCCAGCCUUUUGACGGUGACGGUAGGGCGCCCCACCCCCGAGUGGGUGAUGCAGCACAGCUGUGCCUCGCUGCUGUACGCGGCGCGGCUCACGCUCGUCACCACGUUGGUCCAGGUGCUGCUAGCGGGCCUCCAUCUGUACGGGCUGCUCGGCUCCCUGAUCACCACUCGCCUGCCGCCGCCUCGCCCAUGGCACUGGUUGGGCUUCCAGAGUGCCAGCAGCGGCCUGGAGGUGCUGGCGUGGGUGAUGCUGGCCCUCAUCUCCCUCCCCAGCCUGAGGGGAUCGCACCGGAAACGGCGAGGCGAGGCGGCGGCGUGGCGGGACCUAAGGGAGGACACGUGCCGCUGGUGCUGCUGCUGCCGCCAGUGUACGGACACUCCCAGCAGCUGCCGCCCCACGCAGGAAGAAAGUAGCCCCUGCAAGGUAGUUCAGCCGCGGGAGGUGCGGCCCUACCCCUCCUCCACGGCACCUUCCUGCAGCUCGUCGCCUUAUAAACAGGCUUUGUUGAGGUCAACUGGCUCUGACGCGCACCUGCUGUGGAGUCACGCCCGCGCCCGCGACGCCCCGACCUCCAGCUGCUCCUCACGCCCAUCCUCAAUCACGAUCAACAACAACGACCUCCCAAGACUGAACAAAACGCCGGACCCCUACACGGCACCCUCGGCGCCGCCCCACGAGGCGCUGCAGAGCUACGAAAAGAAGGGAGCGGCACAGGAGAAGGCCUCGAAGCAGUCCUCGUCGGAGGAGCCCAAUGCCUAUGACCAGCACCUGUACUACAACGUGCCGGUGGUGACGCCCGACAGCAGCCCCAAGUCCUCCCCGCGGACAAAACAGAGCGCAGAGAGGCCGUCAGAGCGAAUAUUACAAGGCCGCCUGAGUGUUGACCUACACGGCGGCGACAGCGAUGACGACCGCCCGAGGAGCGAGCUGGCCAGCCUCACCGACUACAGCUCCACGGAGCCAGCCUCCCCGGGGGCCCAAGGGGAGCACGACUGGUCCAGGAACACCACAACCACCUGCUCCUCCGUCAGUGCUGCCAACAGCUUUGACCUGAGGAUGUUCGAGGACAGCGACGGAAUCUACUACCAAAUACCCUACAUACAGACGCCUCCGCCGCCCCCGCCGCCGCCCCUAAACCUGCGUCACCCUCACCAAUACUACCCCAGCCGCAGCCUGGCGGGUUCCUUCGCUGAACUGCAGGAGGUUAGGAAGGCUCGGCCAGCCCAGGAGUCUCGUGGUGAGGCUCAGCGGAGCCACCCAGACCUCGUGACACAGGCUGGAGCCAAAUGGUCACCGGCCCCGCAAUGGGUACCCAAAGGCCUCCCGCGAGGAUACUGCACCUCAGCGGGACCCGGCGCGAGGCUGGGCGGCACCUCCGGCGACACACCGCUCGGGAGCAGACCCCAGCACAGCAAAGCUGCUUACAGGGAGCAGUCAGCGCAGGGGGCCGCGGGAAGCUUCACACGCAUGGCCGCCGCUGAGCAUCACCGGGGAUAUGACCAUCGCUCUCUAGGGAACCUCACUGACCCCAGCCCCUCGGUGUGGCAGCAGCAGCAGCAACAACAUCAACAACAGCAGCAGCAGCAACAACAUCAACAACAGCAGCAGCAGCAACAGCAACCUCAACAGAAUCGAAAGCCGCGAACCUGCGGCCCCGGCCAGGGGCCAGGCUUGAGGGUGGCCCCGCCCCUCGCUGCACCGGACGGGGACGGGUCCGGCCGGGCCCCCACACCCCGCCCCCUCGACGCAGCGCCGCCACACCGAGUUGACGGUACCACUCAGACCGAGGUCCCUGCCGCUCCACAGUCCACCUGGCCGUCUACGCCCUCCCCGCCCCCUCCCCUCCACCCGCCCCCAGUGUUCUUCCCGUCCGAGGGCUUCAGUCCAGACGCCGAGUGUCCUCGCGACAACAACAGCCGAGAGGCCCUUCCAGCAGAGCCCGGACGACGCGACUCUCAGGUAGACGACCCUCAGCGCGGCGGUGAGGGGCGGCACCGCUGGGCACAGCCUGCACGGCACCACCACCACGGCCAAACUCACGUCAGCGACCAUCACGACGCCGCCCAGUACCAGGAGGCUCGUCCUGGUGACAGUCAGCAACAAAAACCCGCUCGUAGUGACCUUAGGCACCGCGAGGUUCAGUGUGGUGAGUCCGGGCAAGUUUACCUUGGUGACCCAGGACAAAACGGUUAUUCUGGCCCUCCGUUCCAGAGGGACUGUCCUGGUGACCGGGAACACAAAGACGUUUACUUUGGUGACGAACAGCAUGGCGAAACACGUCCCCCUGAGCCUCGGCCACGCGACCCUCGGCACGGUGACCGUGGACACCCAGAGCUCCACCCUGGCGGCCAUCAGCGCCUCGGAGCCCAUCCUGUUGGCAAUCAGACUCCUCAGGGACCACGGGCGAUGCAGGAGGGCCACACCAGCGAUCCUGGUGAGCGGCUGAGCCGAGUUGGUGAUACGUUGAGUGAGGCGCAUGACACAUUUUCAGACAGUGACCUUCUCUAAGGGGCCUGUGGCUGGCGAGGUCACGAGCGCCGCAGUGACCUACGAACCCUUUUUGAUAUGGCGACGUGACUUCCGCUGACACCCAUGCACGACCCUCCCCCGACGACACACUAGCUCCCUCCGUGCGCCCUCCACUUCUUCCUUAUCUCCCGUCUGCUCCCCCCCGCCUCAGGCCCGCCGCACCGCCCUGCUUCACCCUUCCAAAGUGUCUAGUUCUCAGUUUCGUAAAGCAACGUUGUUUCGUGCCGGAGUGAAUCAUGCCGAGGGAGCGUUAAGAGACACUUUCUCUCCCUGACGUGGACGAAUGCGAGCACGACGCGGAAUGAACUCAAGAGGAAAUGAAGGAUGAGCAAAGUGUUGUAAUAGUUACGUAUAGCCACCUCUCUCUCUCUCUCUCUCUCUCUCUCUCUCAUUCUCCUAAAACUGUCCCCGCUCCAGCUAAAACACCGCCUCCAGUAACUAAGGAGCGCGGGGUUGCCACACUCACAGAAAACUGGAGUUGAUCAAAAUAAAUCGUACGAACAAAUAAAACCCCCUCUAGUCCCUCCUCGGGUGUGUUUAUUCAUGACAAAGCGAUUUUUUUUCCUAUUAUUCUCCUUUCCUCUCGGGAGAACGAACAGAGAAUGAACUAUAUUUGUACACGAAUCAAAUUUUACUGUGAUGAUGCUAUGUAAAGUUAAGAAUAAAGAUGUUGAUAGUUUAGACA